UCAAAUAGUAGAACAGGGUGAAGCCAGGCAGAGCUGAGACAUGUGUGUGAGAGAGACUUAAUCCUCAACAAAGAAGAAACAAAGGGAAAAAGUAAAACUCAUGUGUUAAGGAUCUUAAAUUUGACUAACAUAUGUAACCAUGAAAUUUGAUAGGCUUUAAAUUAGUAGUUUGAUACCCUGAAUGAAACUUGAAACAUCACUUGAAGAUUUUGGCUCCUGUCAGAGAAGACACACAGUUGAAGGCAACAGCCAUGGCGCCUUCUCUCGUUCAGGCCUACAGGAGGCGCUGGUGGAUGGCGGUGACAGCGGUGAUUGAAAACCUUCUGUGUUCGGCCGUGCUGUUGGGCUGGGGUUCUCUUCUCAUCAUGCUGAAGAGGGAGGGCUUCUACUCUCACCUUUGCUCGGGAAACGACUCUGUGUUCGUGCAUUUGGGGAACUCCACUAUUGGGCAUGCCUCAGACUGGCAGACCUGCGUAGAACAGGAGGAGAUGCUGAACCUUGGAUUCACCAUCGGUUCCUUUCUGCUCAGUGCCACGACCCUGCCGUUGGGCAUCCUGAUGGACAGGUUUGGCCCGCGUCCGAUUCGGCUGGUCGGCAGUUCCUUAUUUGGUCUUUCCUGCAUCAUCGUGGCUGUGUCUGCCUACAACCCUCACGUUCUGUCAGCGCUCAUCUUCUUGGCUCUCUCCCUGAACGGCUUUGGGGGCAUCUGCCUGACCUUCACCUCCAUCACGCUCCCCAACAUGUUUGGGUCUCUGAGCUCCACCAUCAUGUCGCUAAUGAUCGGCUCCUACGCCUCCUCUGCUGUCACCUUUCCUGGCGUCAAGCUGAUCUACGAUGCAGGCAUGAAGUUCCAUGUGAUCAUGUGGAUGUGGGCAGGUCUUGCCAGUCUGGUUUUUUUUAACUGCUUUUUCAACUGGCCAUCAGAGGGCUUCCCAACUCCAGAUGAGGUUGACUACAGUAAGAUCCUCACAAUGCAUGAGGUUCCUUCAUCUAAGCAGAAGGCUGUAGAGGAGAGACUGAGCCAGAAAAAUGGAGAUGUCCAACACUCCAGAGAGAAGCUUCGCAAUGAACCUGAUGCUGCACCAAACACUGUUCCCUUCCGGCGGUCCGUGUUCUCCCCCAUCUUCCUGUGGAGCUUGAUCACGAUGGGGAUGACCCAACUGAGGGUCAUCUUCUUUAUGGGGGCAAUGAAUAAGAUGCUGGAGUUCAUGGUUAUCCAUGGUGAAGAACACCCACCUAAUAUGCGUGUGGUUGAGGCAGAAAAUACAGUGGGUUUCUACGCCUCCGUCUUUGGCACGCUGCAGCUGCUGUGCCUGGUCACGUGUCCUCUGAUUGGUUACAUCAUGGACUGGAAGAUGAAGGAGUGUGAAGAGGAGAAGUGUGCCUCCUCAGGAAUAGUGCAGAGACCCAAAAGAGACCGUAAGAUCCAGAAGGUGACCAAUGCCAUGAGAGCCUUCAUCCUCACCAACUUGCUGCUGAUCAUUUUUGGAAUCUGUAACCUUGUUGAUAACCUGCCUCUACAGAUCUUGACAUUCAUCCUCCACACUAUGGUCCGAGGAUUCAUCCACUCCUGCUGUGGAGGCCUCUAUGCUGCUGUCUACCCCUCCAACCACUUCGGUACGUUGACAGGCCUGCAGUCCAUGAUCAGCGCCGUGUUCGCUCUGCUGCAGCAGCCGCUUUUCAUCGUCAUGGUCACACAUCUGCAUGGGAACGCCUACUGGAUCAACAUGGGCCUGCUGAUCGUCUCAUUCACUGGCUUCCUGCUGCCGGGCUACUUGUUUUUCCACUGCAGAAACCUGCUGAGGGAACUGAAGGCCAAAGACGGCCAACCUGCCAGUCAGGAGAUGCAGGCUCUCAAGAACAUCGAGGCUAACGGUUUCAAGCCUCACAAGAACGGCAGCGCUUCGGCAGAGGCUUAGACAACAGCAGAGCUGCAAAUUAGGGGAUUUAAUUCAGUAUGUGGCUGCAGAAUGAACACCAGGACCCAUAUUCCCAAAGAGUGCUAAGUCUAAAAGUAGCUCCUAGUGACGUCAUUCUAAGAAAAAGAAAAAUAGAAUUUCUCUAAUUCUAAGAUUUGUCUUUGAAUUUUCCCUCAGUAAGAUAAAAGUUAUUCACGAAGCAUCUUAGGCCUUAAGAGAGUUCCUAAAAUAAACAAAUGUUAAGAGUAGUGAGGAGGACCUUUUAGUGACCCUAAGAGUGUCUUGAGCAGGGAAAAUGACAGAGGUAACAGAGAGAUAUUCUCCGUACAACAAACAACAGUGAAUUAAUAAAACGCUACCAGCUCGAUGGCGCAGGGAUCCACCCACUUCAUAGUCGAGUAAAUGAGCACAUAAACUUCUAUAACAAUUAUUCAUGUAGAGAUAAGAUAAACUUUAUCAUCCCCCUAGGGGGAAAUUAAAUUGUUUCGACGGCAGGAUAGAUUAAAGGUGCACCUCUAGUAAUGCAUAUUAGGAAGGAUAAAAAAAUAAUAGAAACAAUAAGAAGUAACUAUGAAUAAAAGUGAACAAAAUUACAACCAAAGAAGUACAUAAUUAUUUAAAUAUUUACAGACUGUAAAAUGCUUUCAAAAAUUUUAAAGAAUUCAAAAACCUGAAAAAUAUAUACAUAAAUACAGACUCUAGACAAGAUAAAGUACAAUAAUCUAAACAUUAUAUACAUAAAAGAAAGAUGUAAAUUAAGGGAAUAAGUAUUUGCUCAUAAUGAUGUCAGCAGCCUAAAUCUAAAUGUUCAUCUACACCCUCCAUCUGUGGAAAAGUCCUCUGGUUUGCUGCUAUCUGCUCUAGCUUCUGAUCGCAGCAGGUACCAGAGCUGCUCACAUUCCAGGCUGGUGCUGAAAGCAGAGGAAACGUUGCAUUGAUCUGCUGAGGAAUACCUGUUUGUUCACACCGUGAUGCCAGCAGAACCUGCUCCUCUGUCCACUUCCGUUUUCUCCAUCUUUUGUUCUCCUGUGUGUUUUGGUCGUGAUUUUCUGGAUUGUUGUUUUAGAUUCCGUCACUCACAGUUGAAGAGUACCUAUAAGUGCCUAAAUAAAUGUAUGUAUAGAUUACCUUCUCCAGGUUGGGGGGGAAGGUCCUGCCUCAAGUGGAGGAGUUCAAGUAUCUUGGUGUCUUGUUCACGAAUGUAUGUGUGUGUAUAUUAUAUAUAUACACACACAUACACACUCCUCACUAAGAUAGGAAAUACUGUCCUCUCCUUGCUCAGAGUCGCUCUCAGCUGCGAACUGAAUUACUCUUAAGCUAGGAAUCCUUGGCAGGAAUUUUUAGGCUAAGAUCGGAGCUCUCUGAGAGGAAUCUGAGAAUCUUUGAGAACAAGGGCUUUUAAUGUUGUGUUUUCAUAACUUAGAUAUACAUGUUCUUUUUCUAGUCAUUGCUUGUGUCCGUUCGGCCUGUCACAAACCACAUGAUGGAGCUUUCUUUUUUCGUUUUUUUUUUUUUUUUUUUCAAACUUCCUUGGAGAGAUGUGUCAUCAGCUUUUGUUGUUCUUUUAUUUAUUUUGAUUUAGAUUCAAGAGUCAAAUCAGUGUCAUUUCAAGCCAUACACUUAAAAGAUCAAGCAGAGGCGACGACAAACUGUGGAUAUCACCGUACUUGAAGUAGUUUCUGGACAAUCAGUACUAACCUGCUAACACCAAAGAAACACGUUGAGAUUUUUUAGGACAGUUACAUGUGUGAUCAGUAUUAUUUUUCUAAAAAUAUGCAGAAAAUAUUAUUAGUGUUUUUCUUUUUUUGCUGCACUGCCAAAGUAAACAUGAAAUCUAAGCAAAUCAUGAAAAUGUAAAGAAUACUCCUAUCAAAAUAGCAGAGCACAUCUGUUAAUCUUUACACAAAAAUGGCUGGAUGCUUAGAUACAUCUACCUCCUCCUCCUUUUUUGUCCAGUUGUCAGCAGUGGAACUAUGAACUUUUUCCACUUUCUGAUUUUAAUUCAGAUAAGGACAUUAGAAAAUAUGUCUCAAUCGUAAAAACCUUUGGCCAUCCGCCGAUUUCAGUAAUAAUUCUGCAGCGCAAACAAUUCUGGAAUAUAUAUGUAUAGGAACAAUUUUGUAUAGGAAAAUGUGUCCGACCAGUUUAUACACACCAGUGUGUAUAAAAUAUGAAUGCGAGUGUAUUUUUAUUACAUAGGCUGCAGUAGCAUCAAAAAGGGAAUGAUAUUUUGUAAAGGGCUUGAUAUAAACAGAAGCUCAGAUGAUUCUAGGUGUUUUCAGUUUUUAUUUCAUUGGUCUGGUAUUGACUUAUAAAUGAGCAAACUUUUAAAAAUACUUUUUGUAAAUACUAACGUGUGGCAUGUUACUUUAAUAAGAUGUUCAGCUUGUUUUACUAUAAAUAUGUGGGCUUGUACAGUACAAUAACUUGAAGUCGAGGAGACACUUGCUGUGGUUUAGUCUCUUUUUGCUUCUCUGAUGUAUGUAUAUGUACAUGUUUAUUCUUACAAGAUGUUGGAAAUUUGAUGAAAUUUAUUUUUUUUCUCUAAAAUCCAUUGCCUUUUGCUUUUUCACAUUUCUGAUGCGUGCUUUCUGUUUUUUCCGUUUAGAAAUUUGUUUUAUUUUUUAAAAAAAGGUGCUUUUUGCCAUUACUUUACUUUUAUAGCACAAUAAAUAAAUCCAAACAGCUUCCUCUGUAAACCAAAGCCAUCUGUCAGAAAUGUACAGUUAAACCAUAACUCAGCAACUGACCUCAUGAAAACAGACUGAAACAAUGUUUCUUUCAUUAUUCCUACAGUAAGCAUAGGUUUCUGCAUAUGUGUGGUCUUUUUACAGGCUACAAGCAAAAACAUUUAUUAGGGAUAGUUUUCCCUCUAUCAUUAAGGUUGUUGUUGUUACCCAAAAUGUGCUUUAAUUUGUAAAUAAAUGUACAACUACAAACUUA